GGAAGUUGUAGGACCCUCAAGAUUGGUGUGCAAUCCUUUUAAAUCCUCCAAAUUGCCAACUCUUUUGCCCUUUCUCUUGCCAUGUGCAGCCCACAUGGCUGGCUUUCUCUUUAGUCUCAUUCCACUUAUGGGAGUACCAUAUUUAUAUUCCUUUACCCAAACAGCUCCUUAACAAUAACUCGCCCCCCAAAAACCCCUCUCAGAGGAUUCCAAUGGCGGAUCUCAAAUUCUCCGACUCCGCAUUCCUCCUGCUCUUCAUCUCCUUCUCGAUCGUCCUCACCUCCGUCGUCUCCGGAAAAUCCGGCGCCGCCGCGGUUCUCCUCCUCGCCUGCGGCGCCGCGGUCCUGCUCGUUCUCGUCCUCCGCACCACCGUCGUGGCCUGGAUCACCGUCAUCGUGAUGCUGGCGUUCGUCGGGAAACGCCGGCGCGUCCUCGCCGAGGACGGCGCCAGGAUCACUUCCGACGUCGCGCUGUACUUGGCCAAGGUCGCUUUCCGAGAAAGAGGCGGCGGCGCUCUUGCCUUCAUCUGCGCUACCACCGCCGCCGCCGCGCUCGGCCUAACGGCUUCGGUUUGGAAUGGGAAAUCGUACUAUUAACCAAUAUGAGUCCAAUUUGAGUUUUGGAUAAUUUUUUUAAAAAUUGCACAAUUUUUUUUUUCUUUCCAAAACUUCAAAAUUAAACUCUAAUGUUUGAAGCCAAACGCGCCUCAAAUUAAGGGUGAAGUGGUAGAAGAUCUAAGAACAAUUUGUACUCCAAAAUGUGUUUAGCCUUUUGAGCUUUUGAUAAGCUUUUUGGGGUUUUUAUGUUUUUAAUAUGGAGUAUUAAUUUGUGUAUGUAAUGUGUGUACUUUUGCAUGGUGUGUAGCUAUUGUAAAUUGUG